AGCCAAUUGGAGCGAGCUCAUUCAUCUCUUCCUCUAAUCAUCCCGUCAAGCAACAGCAAAAGCUUCACCCAGAGCCAUCGCGGGCUCUCAAGGACGCUCGUCACAGUCCUGCCCACGCCUUUUGAAGAGGCAAACCGCGAAAGAGAGAGAGAGCAAAGCCAAUAGCGCCUUCGUGAUCUUGCGGCAGGGCGACACCCCUGUCCACAUCCUCAUCAUGGCGUCUCCUGACGAUUCCGCCGACUUUCUGGCACCAUCAACUCCCUCCAACGGCGGCUCACUGGCAUUCAAGCCGCCAACGCGACCGGGUGCAUCAUUGCGAGGGCGCAAGAGCACUGCCGCCCUCACUGAGAUGAACACCAACGGACCAUCUCACGCUCCGCCGCUGCCCACGUCCUCAUCGUCUGGAUCCUCAUCAGCGACCAUCGCCCCCUCUCGAUCAGCACAUCAGCGCCUACACGCUCUCUUCGAUGAGACUGAGAAUCAGACAACGGCAGCUGCUAUGCUAGGGCAAGGCCUCAUUCAGCAACAACAGCGUAUCAAGGCUUUGCGAGAAGACCUCGAGAACUGCGAUCCCGAGCAUGCCAGAGAGCUCACCCAGUCAAUCGACGCCGAGAUCAAGGACAUGGCGACCCAAAAGGCCAAACUUCUGCGCGAACUCAUGCCAUCCAGUAGCAGCGAGCAUGAGCCCGAUUUGGCCGCACCAGGUGGCAUGCCCACAGCCCCUUCUGAGCGAUGGGUCACGCCGACGCGCUCAGCCAGCGGUGCUGACAUGUCCAUUGGCAGCCCUGGUCCCACCUUACGCCAGUCUGACAGGAGAGCUCGCAAUGCGGCCGCACCCACGAGCAUUGGGGACCAAAAUCUUGUGAAUCAGCUGCAAGAAGGCCUCGUACAGGAGAUCAGGCGCCUCCAAGCCCUCCUAGCACAGCGUGACCAGCAGCUCAAGGACGCAGACGAGGGCAAAAAGAAGUACGAGGAGGAGCUUGCCCUCUGGAAGCCAAAGGCGCUGCAGCUAGUCGAGCAGGAAGAUGCACUCAAAGCGGAGAAUUGGGACCUACAAGUCAACCUAGACGAGCUCAAGGGCGUCCUCGAAGAGGAGCGCAUCUCCUCACGCAAAGUCGACAACGAGCGCAGUCGCAUCGCAAAAGAUUUGGCAAAGGCUCGCGAGCUCGCAGAUGAGCGCAAGGUCCAGCUGGAGGGUCAGGCCCAAGAGCUGGAGAGGGUCAUGACUUUGCGAGAGACGGAGACGGCGCUUGCUCGCAAGGAGAAGGCCAGCAUGCAGCGCGAGAACGGCGACUUGCAGACUGAGGUGGCCAAAUACAAGCAACAGGCCAUGCGGCUCGAGCAGGCACGCCUCUCUCGCAGUGUCAGCAACAGCAUCAUUCACUCCGAGCACUCCCUCGACGAGGACGAAGCAGGCCUUGCUUCACCUGCAGCACGCGCACAAGGUGCUAUGCUGCCGGCCAGCCCGAGCACUCACUCGGAGGAAUUCUCUCACAGCAUUCCUGAACGUGAAGUCUCUGCUCUGCGUGGCAAGCUGGCUCUGGCUCAAAGGAAGACGGGCAAGGACUCGGCAGAGAAGCGCAAGCUGCGAGAGCAGAACAGUGAGCUGCGCAGGAUGCUCGCAAAGGCUGGCAUUAAUGCCCCUACCACGUCGGACGUAGAGAGCACUGAUGAUGAGGCAGAAGGAGACGAAAGCGCUGACUGGGUAGACGAAGCAGGCUCUCACGCUGGUACGGGAGGACGCGCAAGGAGGCGUGGCGCAGGCGGGAUGCCCAAGAGCUCGACUCGGCCCAACAUUGCCAGCCGUCUGGGCCUCACGUCGAGCCUCAUGGAGGACGACGCCGAGCUCGAUGAUUCCUUUGAAGACGCAUCAGGCGACGUGGACCAGGCCUCAUCCGCUGGUCGUCCCAGCCUCGAUGGUAUGGACCCUGCCUUUGCUGAUCCGACCGGCACCGCCAAGAAGGACCGACGAAGAUCAACAAUUAAGCCCAACCAGAACAAGCGCUUUAGCACAGGUAGCCCGCUGGCUCGCAAUGUACUGCUGUCGGCUGGUGGCGACGACGAUCAGGAAGCUCAGCACAAGGGAGCACCGCGCAACCGCAUCACCUCGGAUAUCGUGCCCGCAGGCGCCCUUGGCAACGAAUUGGAGGACGAGCUUGCCGGUGCUGGCGAGCAAUCGGCUGAAGACAAUGGAGCGUCUUCGUCUGUCGUCAUCCGCAAGGAGAUGGCCGACAGUGAAAUGCAGACGGACGACCUUGAGCAGCCCGACUUGCUCACGCCUGCUCUGGCGGCACAGAAGGCAGAGCAUGAAGGCAUCUUGACCCAGCUUCGUGCUCUCCAUCAGUCGCAGCUCGAUGAGCUGAUCCAGUCUCACGAUGCGACCAAGACUGACCACGAGGAAGCCCUUGGUCAACUUCGCACCCACCACAAGUCCCAGAUCGACGAGCUCAUCCAGUCGCACGACGCUGCCCUUGCUCAGUUGGCCUCACAGCAUAAGAGCCGCAUCGACGAGCUCACUCGCGGCCACGACGAAGCUCUUCGCUCUCGAGACGCCAAGUCUUCGCUGACGAGCUCGGAGCUCGAGAAGUCACACGCAUCCGCCUUGUCGAGCAAAGAAGCGGCUCACGCUGCAGCUAUUGCCGCCGCCCUUGCAGCGCAAGCCAAGACACACGACGCCGGCAUGUCUGAGGCUCGCUCUCGUCACGCUCAGGCCCUGGCUGACUCUGUCGCAGCUCACACCACCAAGCUCACCGAGGCCGAGGCAGCCCACAAGACAGCUCUCGCCGAGAGGGAACGUCUCUCCAAGGCCGAGCUCGACAAGCGCGACCACCGCCAAGAGCAGAUCAUCCGAGAGCACAAGGCUGAGCUCGAGAAGAACGAACGCCGUCAUCAGCAGAUCAUUUCUGGGCACAAGGCGGAGCUCGAGGACGUCAAUGCCACUCACGACGCGUACGUAUCGCAACUCGAGUCGCACUACAAUGCCGCUAUCAAGGAGCGCGAUGAGCAGGUCAUCAAGGCGCGAGCUGAGGUCACUCGCCUGCGUGCAGAGCUUGACAGUCUCACGGCGCAGCUUGCUGAGGCGAAGAGGCAGCUUUCGCAAGCCAUCAAGGAGCAAGAAGGCAAGGUCAAGGAGCUCGAGGCUGCUCAUUCUGCUCACACCCGCGCGCUCGAGGCUGCUUCGGCCGAGACGGAUGCGGUGCGCAAGGAGCACAAAGAGGCUGAGGCUAGAGCUCGAGAGGCAGAAGCCGCUACUUUGGCAGCUGAGGCGGCGGCAGCGGCAUCGGCGGCAGCAGCAGCAGCCUCAGCGGCAGCGGCUUCGGAAGACUUCCACGAUGCCGAGGAGCCCUCGGAGGAAGAGGGAGUGCGUCGCGUAGUCUUGGCGGACCUCAAGGACGCGAGCAAUCAGACAGACGACACCAUGUGGGCGCAACAUCAGCAGGAGCAGCUCGCACUCAGACCCAAGUCUGUCGCGAUGAGCAAGGCGGGUGAGACCAGCGUCGGUCCUGGUGGCGUCACGGUCCUGCCUGCCCGACCUCGCGACAGCAUCGGCACGUUCGGGCUCGGACGAGACUCGCCUGCCCCUACCAUGUACUCGGUGGGGGCUGUCGACCCUACUGCUCCUCGAUCUGAGACGGUGCCCGACAGAAGCAAGCCCCCCGUCCUUGCUGCACCUCCUCCACCAACGAGCCCGCCCCCUGCUCACCUGUCACGCAAGUCGGCAGCUUCGAUGACUGCAAUCUCUCCGCCGGCCACAACGUGGGACAGCACUAUUGCGCAGCCGCCUUCUCGUCCGACGUCGCCUGUGCCCCCCAAGCUCGCUGCUCGCGCGUCAAGGGGCAGCACCUUUGAGGACAACCGCGCCGGAUCGCGAGCUUCAGCCCACCCGCCAAGCGCCUACGUCGCUCCUCGAUCGAGCCGCGCCAGGCCCUCCGACCAAGACAGUGUCGGCACAGGCAGCAUCAUGUCUCGUCUCUCCCAGCGCCACCCUUAUCGCAGUGCUUCCCGCGCUUCUGCCGCCUCAGACGUUACCUCCAGGUCUGCCCUCUCCGCGGACGAAAACGAAGACGAUGAUGAGGUGGGCGAUCUCACUAUCACCGGACAAGGGCCUGCCUCCCGCGGUGCGCGCUUCGACGAUCAGACCACGGACCCAAAGAUCAUCCAGGCCAUCACGCAGACGAUGAUCGGAGAAUAUCUCUGGAAAUAUACGUCCCGUCGCACGACCAUGGGUCGGCGAAGCAGUAAUGCUCACAGUGACAAGAGGCACCGACGCUACUUCUGGGUGCAUCCCUAUACUAAGACGCUCUACUGGACAAUCACUGAUCCUGGGGGAGCUAGGAUGGCUGAGGGGGUUAGCAAGAGUGCCUGCGUCGAGGAUGUGCGCGUUGUGGAGGACAUGAACCCGAACCCGGCAGGGUUGUUCCACCUCUCCAUCAUUAUUCAGACUGGCGCGCGCGAGCUGAAGGUCACAACCCCAAACAAGGAGCGUCACGAGGCGUGGGUGAACGCUCUCAACUACCUUAUCAAGCGAGACUCGGUGGAUGGGGCGCAGUCACAAAGGGCUGCAGCGUACGACGCCCUGACCACGGCGAGCGACGCAGCUUCUAUUGGCCGGCCGAGGUCGCGCGCCUCCCUUGCAUCUAGGGCAACGCGCAUGGUCAUGAAUCGCACCAAAUCGUCGGACUCCAUCAGCGCUUACGGUGGCGGAUACAACGACACGACGCCUCGUGCCCGUGGGGGUAGUGUGAGUGAUGCUGCUACGAUGGGUGGGGCGAGCUAUCGGUCCAAACGGCGGGACACGGCUGCAAGAGAGUACCUCGCUCAGGCUGCCCACUUCCAACGAAAUGUGGACGAGUACGGGCGACGCGCCCCCUCUGCUACCUCAUCCUCUGCGGCGAUUGCAGAUGACCCGCGCCUCCUCAAGACGGCGGAGGAGAUGCUCGAGGAGAAUGCCGAGAUGGAUGCGGCCAAUGGGUUCGAGGGGCUUGAUAACGUACGAGCGUGCUGCGGUGGACUGCAUGAUGUGGGCUCGCUGGCAAACAAGAACAACCCACACCAUCAUCAUAAUCAUCAGAAGGUCAAGGUCAGGCGAGGGAGCAACGUAACUACCGGGACGGCUGGUGGUGCGGGGGACAAGGCCACGUCUGGACGCCCUUCGAGCAGAUUAAGCGUAGCAAGCGCGGUCAGACCGAGGAACUCGCGCAUGGACUCUACAACGGGCAGCACUACGACGGCCAGCAGGCCCACAUCGCGGCUCAGCUCGCCCCAGCCUCCUCAGCUGGGGCCGCUCAACCUCAAUGCUCCUCGACCGUCGUCGUCAGGCGUGAGCUCGCAAUCAAAGGGCAAAGAGUCCCUGACGAGCAUGUUCGACAUGCCUCUCCCAGACACCACCUCUGCGAGUGCGACACCUACUGUGUCUCGUCCCAAGUCGCCAUUCGGAUCAUUGAGGCCGGCCAGUAGGAGUGGUAGGGCCAGUAGGCAGGUUUGAGCGGCGUCGAGUAUCUAGUUUUCACCUUCUUUUACAUCUGUUCCUCGUCUUGUGUUCCUCUCUGACUUCUAGCACCAUACAUUCCUUCGUUGCGAUACGCACGCCUCUACUUUGUUUCAAAAAUACGAGUCCUUUUUGAUCGUGUU